UGGAAGCAUAAUUUUAGAGCAAGCACUUUUCAUGAUUGUUUUUCCCUAAGACUUUUAUCUGUUUUUGUGACUGCAGGUUUGACAUUAGCACCACUAGUCGUGAAAGUAGAUCCGAAUUUAAAUGUCAUCUUGACUGCAUCGCUUGCAGUUUUUGUUGGUUGCUACAGAUCUGUAAAGCCAACACCACCAACUGAAACAAUGUCUAAUGAGCAUGCAAUGCGCUUCCCUUUCGUCGGCAGUGCAAUGCUGCUAUCUCUAUUCUUGCUCUUCAAGUUCCUUUCCAAGGACCUGGUUAAUGCAGUCUUGACUUGCUACUUCUUUGUGCUUGGAAUCAUUGCACUUUCGGCAACACUGUUACCAGCUAUCAAACCUUAUUUGCCUAAGGAAUGGAACGACAAAGUGAUCUCAUGGCAUGCUCCGUAUUUUCGCUCUCUGGAGAUUGAGUUCACUAGGUCUCAGAUAGUGGCUGCAAUUCCUGGAACAUUCUUCUGUGCAUGGUAUGCAUCAAAGAAGCACUGGCUGGCAAACAACAUUUUGGGCUUGGCUUUCUGUAUUCAGGGAAUUGAAAUGCUUUCCCUUGGUUCUUUUAAGACUGGUGCCAUCCUCCUGGCUGGACUUUUUGUGUAUGAUAUUUUCUGGGUGUUCUUCACUCCAGUAAUGGUUAGUGUGGCAAAAUCUUUUGAUGCUCCCAUAAAGCUCUUAUUUCCAACAGCUGAUGCUACCAGGCCUUAUUCCAUGCUUGGACUUGGUGACAUUGUAAUUCCUGGAAUCUUUGUAGCUCUUGCCUUGAGGUUUGAUGUCUCAAGGGGCAAAAAGAACCAGUACUUUAAGAGUGCAUUCCUCGGUUAUGUCGUAGGAUUGGUUCUUACCAUCAUUGUCAUGAACUGGUUCAAAGCUGCUCAGCCGGCGCUUCUGUAUAUUGUACCCUCUGUAAUAGGAUUCUUAGGCGCUCACGUCUUGUUGAAUGGCGAUAUCAAGCCGUUGCUGGAGUUCGACGAGUCGAAGAUGGGCGCUGAAGAACAAAGCAAAACUGACUCCGAUAGCAAGAAGGUAGAGUGAUUUUGGCAAAGUAUGAGAGCAGGGGCCUGCCUAGAAACACUCACCAGAAAACAAAAGAAACUCAGUGAUAUGGUAGUGCUACAGGAAGACAUUUAUUGUUAGUUUUGAUAGAGCGGGGAGAAUAAAGUAAACUGUUCUAACUCCUGCAACUUACUGCCGUUCGGAUUUUUGGGAAUUGAUAACUAAUUUCCAUCCUCUUAUUUCCCCGAUUUCCUAAGCUUCCAGCUCCCCUAUCUCAUUUGCCAUUGCUUA